AUGUCGUUCAAUCAGCCCGCGCAACAGCAAUCUGCGCCCGCAUCCCUGCCCGCCCUCCCCGCUCCGCCGCUUCCCCCGCGCCCGCAAUGGGGGGACCGAACUACCGCUGACGUGCUACUCCGCGUGUGGGCCUCCCGCGAUGCGCCUGCGCCUCUCGCCACUUUCCCCCUUCACCUCUCGCUACUCGUCGAUAAGAGCAAGUACCUCGCAUGCCUCCUCCCGGACGCCGCCGCCGCCGCCGCCGGUAGCGGCUCCGGCGGCGCCAUGGCGACGCCGCAGGAUCCGCACGUGCUCGACGAAGAGCUCGGCGACGCGGGCGACGUUGCAGUGUACGCCGCCGUGCUUCGCAUGUUCUACGUCCCGCUGCCCGAAGCCGUCGUCGUCGCUCUCGGCCCGCUUCUCGGAUCAUCAUCAUCCCCGAUAACACCUUCCUCGAUUCCGUCACAUGCCGAUGCAGCAGCGGCGGCGGCAUCGGGGACCGGCCCCACCCCGCAGCGCCCAGCAGGACCUCUCAUGGGCGUGCAGAAAGUCCUCGAAGCGCUUGUUCUCGCGGUGCGGUUGCAAUUCGACGCGGCGGUGAUCGCGUGCCUGCAGUUCCUAGAAUCCGUUCCCUGGUCUCCCGCCGAGACGCGCGUCAUCCACCAACAUCUGCGAGAGCUGCAACUCGCCGGCUCCAUCCCCUUCUCCGCCGUCACCGCCUCCGCCGCCGGCGGCGCCGGCGCGGGUUCCGCCGCAGCGACCGCGCUCUCCUCGGAGCGCGUCUUUGCCCGCCUGCCCCCCGUAAACGAUCCGCUCACGACCCUGCGGUCGCUCCUGGCGGUCGCCGUGAUCCAUACCGAAGCGAAUCCUUUAUCGCGUAUGCAGGAGGAGGCGCGGAACGCCGUGUGCUUGCUGCUGAGCGCCGAGCGCCCCGGCGCGGGGGAUGCUGGGGGGGAGGGGGAAGCGGGGAGCGAGUGGGAGCAGCAGCAGCAGCGGCUGCGCGCGGCGGCGGAAGAAAGCGGCGGGCAGGCCGGGGAGGACGGGGAGCUUCCGGUUAUUGGCUUCGAGGCGAAGCGCGGCGCGCUCUUAGACGCGUUCGUAGGCCUUGUCAACACGCUGCUGAGGGAGGCGCAGAGCCGAGGCGCCGCGACCGGCGCCGGCGCGAUCAUCCGCACGUACUGGGACAUCGGCGGAAAGCCCGCGCCGGCGACGCUGGCGGCGACGACGUCAACCGUAACGGAUAUUAAUCUCCUGGCGCGGUUGAGGGGUAAGGAGGGGACUAUGGCAUGGCUAGUAGGCGUGAUGCUGGAGUAUGGUUUAGCUGACGAGGUAUUUCACUGGCUCUCUACUGAUAAGCGGCUCCACGACGAUAUUAAGUCUACUAUGGGACUGCAGACCACCUCGCGGCACCGCCAUCUGCUAGUCAAGACCGCAGUGCACGGCGUACUUAAAGCCUUCGCGACGCGCCGCCUCGUCGCGCCGACGGACUUAAGAGUGCUGUUCUCGUCGAUCUGGCUGAGGCUGUUGCUACACUACUGCCUGCGUUACCCUCCCGCCGCCUCCUCGCGACCCGGCGGCGAGGGUGCCGCCGCGUCCGGCGCCGGCGGAAGCGCCGCGAUGUCCGCGCAAGCCGCCGCGACGGCGCAGCUUCUCUCGACGCUGAGCGUCGGAGCAGGCGGGAAACCCGUGGCUGGGGCUGGCUCAGUAGCGGGAGCGGCGGGCGCGGGGGGGAUGGCAGCGGCAAUCGCGGCGCAGGACAGCUUCGUUUUCUGCCACUGCGAGUGCUCACCGGUGCAGGCAGAUGAAAUGGUACGCGGUAUGAACGACCUCGUUAGCACGCUACCGAGCGCGCAGCAGGAGGCGCUGUACGGCUUCUGGAACCAGGGGCGCGCCGCGUCGGGCGCGUUCGUCCCCGCGAGCGCGUCGCAGCAGAGCGCGGCGUACGGGCCGCCUCCCAACGGGUGGAUGAACCUAUCGCGCGCGUACACGCUUGGAGCAGGGGGGACAGAGAAGUAG